AUGGUGAUGGAAACUCCAGUACAGAUUUUUCGUGAGGAAGAUAUGGGUCCAAAACAAAUUCCCCUUGGUACUACAUGCUCUCCUACUUGUGUACCUGCAUGCUCUUCUACCUGUUCUCCCAACUCCAGUUGGCCACCAGGCUGGGAUGACUAUGAAAAUGGAAGUGUGUACUCUGAUAACUCUGCACAUGACAGCAACCACACCAACAUUUCGCCAACAAUUUCAGUAAUAAUUACUGCAGUCUAUUCAAUGGUUUUUGUGGUUGGCCUGGUGGGAAAUGCUCUAGUGAUGUUUGUGAUAAUAAGGUAUACAAAAAUGAAGACUGCAACCAAUAUUUACAUUUUUAACCUGGCACUGGCUGAUGCAUUAGUGACAACCACAAUGCCUUUUCAAAGCACCGAAUUCCUAAUGAACUCCUGGCCAUUUGGUGAUGUGCUCUGUAAAAUAGUUGUCUCCAUUGACUAUUACAAUAUGUUUACAAGCAUAUUUACAUUAACUAUGAUGAGCGUUGAUCGAUAUAUUGCUGUUUGCCACCCUGUAAAGGCCUUGGAUUUUCGCACACCUCAAAAAGCGAAAAUAAUAAAUGUGUGUAUAUGGCUAUUGUCAUCUUCCGUUGGAAUAUCUGCCAUUGUACUUGGAGGAACCAAAAUUAGUGAUGGUGCCACAGAAUGUGCUCUUCAGUUCUCAUCUCAUUAUUGGUACUGGGAUACUGUGAUGAAAAUCUGUGUGUUCAUCUUCGCUUUCAUCAUUCCUGUAUUUAUUAUAACUAUCUGUUACACUUUGAUGAUCUUACGUUUAAAAAGCGUCCGUCUGCUUUCAGGAUCUCGUGAAAAAGACAGAAAUCUCCGUCGAAUAACUCGACUGGUACUUGUGGUGGUAGCUGUAUUUAUAGUGUGCUGGACUCCCAUUCAUAUUUUUGUUCUAGUGGAAGCCCUUGUAAAUGUGCCCCAAAAUAUUGCUGUAGUUUCCAUUUAUUAUUUUUGCAUUGCUUUGGGGUACACUAAUAGCAGCCUAAAUCCAAUCCUAUAUGCUUUCUUGGAUGAAAAUUUUAAAAGAUGUUUUAAGGAUUUUUGCUUUCCGUCAAAGAUUAGAAUGGAUCGCCAAGCAAACAGUAGAGUUGGCAAUAUUGUGCAAGACCCUGCAUACACAAGGAAAACUAGUACUAAGCCGGUAUGACUAGCAGUAGAAAUGACCUC